AUGAUCGCCUGGAUACAUGUCGUGAGUUCUUGCCAGUGGAGUCCGAAAUUCGGCACCUACUCGUACUGUUCUAUAGGUAUAAAGGUGUGGAAGGAUGCCUGAGAAGGAACUCGUGAGGCUCUACUCUUCUCUGUUCGAUUGUUAAUCUCAACAUACUGAACAUUCCCAGACAAAAACAUCACAACACUUUUGGUAUCAUUCCACUCUUCCUUGGAUCAACCAUGAAGCUACACGGCGACCAUUCAGAGUCUUACGUCUCGCAACACCGCGCCGCAUUGACAGCGAGGUCUUCGGCAACGACGGCAACAACAAACGACAAGUCCACGGCGUCAACGACAAUGUCUUCAACAAACGACAAAAACCCCAAGGAGUCGGCCUCCUGGGACGCCGCUUCCAUCUCCACGUCAUCCAUUGCCAGUGAGAAAGAAAGGGCUCAAGCGGAGGCGAACAAGAAGCCGUCGUUGCUCAAAAGGGCCGUCACAGGUAUGAAAGAUACACUCCAUUAAAAACAUUGAACCACCUGAGCCAAGGAUCCCACCUGGACGUCGAUACGAUUUACCCGCUUGGUCACGAUAGAGUCUUCUAAACGGUACUUGACAUGUAACGAGUCAUUCCAUGUCAAUUUGUCACCAUGUCACGGGAGGAUCUUGCAUCAACAGUCAGGAAGGGUUUUCUUUUUCUUUUAGCAAUGUUGUUUUGAAAAUGCUUGAUGAUUUGGAAAGGAAAAUUUUCAUGUCCGACAGAUUGAAACAAUGAUGGGAUGAUUUGAAUGUACACCGGGAAAAGAACUACAAGGACAGACCAGAGCAGACCAAGGGCCGUAAUUGUCAUUGUCAUGUUGACAUGAAACAACAUUGACAACUGGUCUUGAUGCUCUGGUCUGGUAGAGGUUUCACUUGUCGACAUCCGGAAGUUUUGUCUUUUUAUCUUUCGACAUUCGACAUACCACACACACAGACACCACACAAAGGGGGAAAAAAGAACUGGGAGACUGUUUCUUUCUGUAUAGGUCAAUCAUCUAUAACGACUUUGUCAUUUUCACAAAUGGUCUGAUUUUGCACAACACCAAGGGGGAAAAACUAUGAGACAAUACGGGAUACAACAUACACUCCGUCACUGAUGCAGUCUAUCAGAUGGUCAUCCAGAGUCCAACCAUACUAUCUCUACUAUGGGUUAUCACUUCUCAAUGAUGUGUGACACGGAGGAGGGGGAGUAGAUAGUACUUCCUGUUGACUCCUUGAAGAAACUCAUGUUUACAACAUAAUCCAAUUGAUUGUUGUACCGCGGCGGCGCCAUCGAUACCAAACACUAUUU